AAUUCACUUGCGGCAAAUUUUCUUGGAGGCUCUAAAUCUAUUGCUGACUACUGCCCUUUCAAUACAGCUUUUUCUAAUACUCAUUGUGCUAAUGCAAGCCAUGCUAUGGGCACAGGUUUAAGUAAUCCAAGAGCUGAAACGUAUGGGGAAGGGUCAAGAUGCGUUGAACACAAUACUUCAUGGGUAGCUGCAGGAAGCUCCAGUAGUGUACCACUUUCUUUCCCUCAAGCUGGCUGCUAUCAGUAUGAAUGCUCUAAUGGUGCCGUUACAAUAUUCAUUCUUGGUCAAUCAUAUCAUUGCAGUCAAGCUGGAGAAGUGUUAACAGUUAAUCAAGUCAACAACAGUGUAACGUAUACAGGAACAAUUAUAUGUCCUUCAUGUCUUGAGAUAUGUUAUGACGACUUUGAGAAUUGCCCUGAAGCAGCUGCACUUUAUCAAGUGGGUGCUUCUACUGCUUCAUCAUCAUCAACCACCGUCAAUGCUACACCUGACCCUAGUGCCACAAAUACUGUAUCUUCUCGAAGUUCCCAAUCAACCAUUGUCAAUGCUACUCCAAGCAGUACAACUGCUCCUAGUACUUCUCCUACUAGCAGUGGAUAUGGUCUCAUUCCAUUCCUCAGUCUCAUGCUGUUUGGAAUUUUAACUGCUAUUUUGAUGAAUAUUGCCAAUUGACACUAAUUUUUAUUGUUAAUUUGUGUUUAGUUUGUUUUUAGCCCAGUGAUAUGUAUUUUUAUGAUUUUAAAA